AAUACACUCCAGGAGCCAACUCGAGGAAUGGGUCACCAAGGCCGGGUCGGGCAGACCCUGUUUCUGGCCUUGGUGGUCGAUUUGGCCCUGGGGCCGGGGCCAGCCCGGAAUUGCUUGCAGUGUGACCCAAGUUUCGCCGUGGAGUUUGCCUCUUACAUCCCCCGCCUGAGUCGCAAGUCGUGGGGUCUCGGGGAUGUGCCAGCCGCAGGUCGGCGGCUGCGGGGUUGGGCACAGGAUACGUUGCAGGAAAUUCACCUCGAUGUCCCCCUGGAGAUCCCUUUUGAAAAGCUCCGGGAAAUAGCAGUGAAAAUCUACGCAAAACUCGAUGCUGUGUUCAUAGGGAAAACAUAUAAGCCAGGUGUUCUUCCGGAAACCCUGCGUUCCAUAUUUGAGGAACAAGUCGCAAUGCUACGUGAUGCCAUCAUUGAAAGUAGGGUGAAGUGUGAACGCCACUGUGGAAUAAACCAGUACGAGGCCGUCUCUUGUGAAACGUGUAACGUGACCAAACCCAGCUGUUUCGGAUAUAACUGCGAGUCCUCGAAAGAAUGGGAAGGUGCUCUGAAAGGCUUGUAUGCCUACAUGACACCUGGGGAGCUGGUGGAAGCCUUGAAGCAAAUUCCAGUCUUUAGCAACUGCACAGCCAACAGGUAA